AUGAUGCAGACGCGGCUCAAGGUGCAGCACCCUUGGACUUUCGAUGCCAACGCUACAUAUGUCGUCGCUGGAGGACUGGGAGGCAUCGGGCGUGCCACCGCCUGCUGGAUGGCUGACAGGGGCGCCCGAAAUCUCCUGCUGCUUUCGAGAUCCGGCGUGGCCACGACAGAAGCGAGACAAGUUGUUGAUGAUCUAAAACAACAAGGGGUCCACGUCGAGGUGCAAUCGUGCGAUAUCGCCAAUUGUGGACGUCUCCAAGGAAUGAUGGAGACGGUGAGGGAGAAAAUGCCCCCCGUAAAAGGUUGCAUUCAAUCAGCCAUGGUUCUCCGACCCAAGGUCUUCGAGAACAUGACAUACCAAGAAUGGCGAGAAGCUGUCGACUGCAAGGUCGCCGGGACGUGGAAUCUCCAUCGACUACUCCCCAAGGGCUUGGACUUCUUCAUCAUGUACUCCUCUAUUUCCGGUGGUUUAGGAGGCACCGCAGCUGCCAACUAUUCUGCCGCCUGUGCAUUUCAGGACGCAUUCGCGUAUUACCGGAACACGCUGGGCGAGCGUGCGACGACGCUAAACCUCGGCGUGAUGUUGGAUGACGGCGUGUUGCGCGACAACGACACAGUCCGUGGUGUAUUGAUGGGAACGGGCUAUCUCAUCGGGAUCACGCGAAAGAACAUGUUUGCGCUUCUUGAGCACCACUGUGAUCCUUCUUUGGAGGUUCCAGCGACGCCCUAA